UUUUUUGCCGAAAGUGCGUGCCCGUGUGUGCGCGUGUCGGUGGAGAGGUUACAUCUAUCUACGAUUACGGACAGACGUUGGUGUGUCGGACGUGGAAAAUCAAAAAUAACCGUGGCAGUUAGUGCGGCGAUGUCGACGACGAACGACGGUUCGACUCGGUGCCGGGAAUGUUGGACGGUUAAGAACGGGAAUAAACGUGGUGUAAUCUCGUGUUUAAAGAUGCCCCGAUUCUCGCGUAUACUGUUAAUUGGUUUUCUCGUAUUAAUAACGGCCAGUUGUUACGGUGGUUACGGUGACGCGGCUGCGAGAACUCGUGCCGAUGACGCUAGUGCUAGCCGUGCCGGUUCAUCAUCAUCCUCAUCAUCGUCGAGCGGAGGUGCACCAUCGUCGAGGAGCACAGGGGCAUCGGCGGGUGCUCAUCAUCAUCAUGGCAAAGAGGCCGAGCCCGUGAUCGAAGAAGUCAAUGCCAAGCAACUCGAACGCUUGCUCAACGAGAAGGACUUUGUUGCUGUUUAUUGGUACGCGAGGAGCUGCACAACAUGCGACAAGGUCUUGGCCGAGCUCGAGAAGAUCGACGACGAUACGGACACUUUUGGAGUCGACUUUGUCAAGAUCAACGACAAGAGGCUGGCCAAGCAAUAUGGGAUUAAAAAUUUUCCUGCACUCACGUAUUUCCGGGAGAAAGAACCGAUCAUCUAUGACGGUGACCUGAUGGACGAGGAGAACGUACUGGAGUUCUUAACGAGUCUUGAGGCGAUGGACCUGCCCGAUCGAAUCGAAGAAGUCAACUCGAAAAUGAUCGACAAAAUCGUCGAAGAUACAGAAUUCGUAGCAGUUCUUUUCUGUCCGAACACGGAGCGGUGUACUGGCGCCGGCUCUAACAAACCGGACUGCAAAAAGUGUGCGAGGGCGCUUCAGGAGCUGGAAAACAUCGAUGACGAAGCUGAUCAACUUGGCAUCGGUUUUGUGAAAAUUGCCGACGAGGAACUCGCCGAGGAAUAUAAUCUCGGGCCUCUUCCAGCCCUCGUGUAUUAUCGUCACCAAAUUCCAAUCAUUUACGAGCACGAAUUGAGCAAAGAAGAGGACGUCCUGGAGUGGUUGGUCUCGAACAAAAGUACCGGCGACGAGGAGGACGUGAUCGAAGAUGUGACGGCCAAGACUCUCAACACCCUGAUCGGCAACAUGGACAAUCUCGUUGUACUUUUCUACGAUCACGGCGAUGACGACUCGAUGCAGGUUCUCAACGAGCUCGAGAAGAUCGACGACGAUUGCGACAAGCACGGAAUACAAUUCGUGAAGAUCGACGACGAAAAAGCAGCCAAAGAUUUUGGCAUCGAUUCCAUACCCGCAAUAGUUUAUUUCGAAAAACAAAUACCCAACGUUUACGACGGCGACAUCGAGAACGAGGAUGAAAUCCUGGAAUGGUUGCUGGCUCAACUGGAGAAGGAUGAGAUCGAAGAUGUCACGGAUGAGAUGCUUGACCGUCUUGUCAAAGAAGGAAAAACCAUAGCAGUACUUUUCUACGACAACAACGACCGAAAAUCUCAGAGGGUGCUCAACGAGCUUGAGAACAUUGACGACGAAUGCGAUCAGCUUGGCGUCAUUUUCGUGAAAAUCGACAACGCCGAAGAAGCCAAGGAAUACGGUAUCGAGAAAAUGCCUAAUUUGAUAUACUUCGAGAAAGGUAUACCAACCCUCUACGAGGGCAAUCUCGAGGACGAAGAAAAGGUUCUCAAGUGGCUUGAGCAGCAGCAAAAAAGCGAUCAAAUCGAAGACAUUACCGAUGAAAUGUUGGACAUGGUUAUCGAGAAAAUGCCCUACGUGGCUGUACUGUUUUACGACAAGAAGCAGAAAAAAAGUCAAAAGAUUCUUUCUGAACUGGAAAAUAUCGACGACGAUUGCGAUCAGCACGACAUCGCGUUCGUCAAGAUCGACGACGAAGAGGAAGCAAAGGAGUAUGGAAUCGACGAUUUACCAACGUUGGUAUUCUUCGAGCGUGGAAUACCACACAUUUAUGAUGGCGACUUAAUCAACGAAGAUCAGUUACUCGGUUGGCUACUGCAUCAGAAAAAACAUCGAGAAAUUCCGGAAGUGACGGACGAGAUGAUGGAAAAAUUGAUCGAGAAAAGCCAAUAUCUCGCUGUACUGUUUUACGACAAAGAGGACAAACAGAACAUGAGAAUUCUCAAUGAAUUGGAGAACAUCGAUGACGAUCUCGAGAAAGAAAACAUCGUAAUGAUUCGACUGGACAACACGGCCGAGGCGAAGGAUUACGGCAUCGAUCACUUGCCCACUCUCGUCUAUUUCGAGGACAAAAUACCCGCGAUCUACGAGGGCGAUUUACUCAACGAGGACGAAGUUCUCGAGUGGCUGAUCGAGCAGAAAAAUUCUGCUACCAUCGAGGAAGUGACGGACGAAAUUCUGUCUGGUCUGAUCGACGAGCACGAAUACGUCGUCGUGUAUUUCAGUGGCCGCUGUGAGGAAGGUGACGAGUGCGAAACUGUUUUGAAAGAGUUGGAGAACAUCGACGACGAGCUUGACGAGACUGGAAUAAUAUUCGUGACGACGGAAGACAACGGUAUCGCGAAGAAACACGGAAUCAAGAAUUUCCCUACCCUCGCGUUCUUCCGCAACAAGGAACCACUGAUUUACAAAGGCGACGUGGAGGACGAGGACGAGGUUCUCUCCUGGCUGACGGACGAGAACACUCUCGAGAUACCCGGAAAAAUCGAGGAGGUUAACGCGAGAAUGUUGGAAAAUAUUUUGGACGAGAACGACCACGUGGUUGUGUUUUUCUACAAGGAGGGUGACAAGAAGAGUCAAAAGAUUCUUCAAGAACUGGAGAACAUCGACGACGAGUGCGAAGAGAAGGACAUCGAUUUCGUGAAAAUUUCGGACGAUGGAAUCGAGAAGGAGUACGAUCUCCCGGGGCUCCCAGCGCUCGCUUUCUACCGGCACAAAUUCCGCAACAUCUACACCGGCGACAUGAUGCACGAGGACGCGAUUCUCGAUUGGGUGCUCGAGCUUCGUCGUUCGACGCCGGAUGUCAUCGAGAGCGUCGACCGGAAAACGCUGCAGGUUCUCAUCAACGACGUCGAACAUCUUGCCGUAUUUUUCUACGCCGACGACGAGAAAUGCGACACGUGUCGUGAGAUUCUCGAGGAAUUAGAAACGAUCGACGACGACACGGACAAGCACGGUAUACAAUUCGUUAAAUCCAACGAUGCGAAGCUCGCCGCUGAAAUCGGAAUCUUCUCAUUCCCGGCUCUUGUCUAUUACGAGACCGGUGUCCCCAUCAUGUAUGACGGAAAUUUACUGGACGAGACCGAAGUCCUCGACUGGAUGGUCAAGCAGAGGAAUGACGCGAGCAUCGAGAAAAUCGAUCGCGAACUUCUCCUCAAGUACAUCGAGACCAAGGAAUUUUUGGCUGUUAUUUUCUACAAGGAGGAAGAUCCCGAGAGCCCGCGAAUCAUUCGUCAUAUCGAGCUCAUCGACGACGAGGCUUCCGAGUACGGAAUAAAAAUCGUUCAAAUAAGCGAUCGUUUGAUGGCGAAGAAGUACGGAUUCAGAAAUCCACCGGGUAUAACGUACUUUCGUAAGGGAAAGUACAUAAAUUACGACGGUGAUAUCGACGACGAGGAAGAGAUUUUGGACUGGUUAACGAACCCGGAGAACAUGGAACUGACCGAUCACAUAGAGCGUAUAAACCGUAAAAUGUUUCACAAGAUUCGUCAAACCUCGGACUACGUGGCGGUAUUUUUCUACAGCAAAGAUUGUAAGCAGUGCAGUCGCGUCUUGUCGGAAAUCGAGCACAUCGACGACGAGGCCGACGGGGCUGGCAUCAAUUUCGUCAAAAUCGAUGACAAACAAUUGGCCAAGGAUUACGGAGUCUUCGCGCUUCCGGCGAUACUCUUUUUCCGCAUGGGCUCCAAAGAGCCGGUCAUAUACGCAGGAGAUCUUUACGACGAGGACCAAAUUCUCCAGUGGCUGAUGACCCAGAAGGAUCCAUCGGGCGAUAUGAUCGAGGCCCUCGAGGGCGAGGAACUUCUCCACCUUAUUCGAGAAUCCAAAGGACUCGCCGUUUAUUUCUGGAACAGAACGCUUUGCGACAUGUGCCAAUCGAAAUCGUAUCGCAAGCAGAUGCGACACAAGCAGGAACAGAAGAUGGCAGCGGAAGGAGAAGCGGCUGAAGAAGGCGACGACAGCGACGAGUGCGAACAGUGCGCCGGUAUCCUCGAGGAACUGGAGAACAUCGACGACGACUGUGAUCGACACGGCAUCACCUUCGUCAAAACGCAGGAUUACAAAAUCGCGGAGGAUUACGGAGUUACCGAUUUCCCGGUUCUCGUUUAUUUCGAAGAGCAAACACCCAACAUUUUCGAAGGCGAAUUAUCCGAGGAGGAGGAAGUGCUGCAAUGGCUGAUUACCCAGAAAACGGAGGACCGUAUCGAGCUCAUUUCUCGAGUGAUGCUCGAGUCUUCGGUCGAGGAUACGCAAUAUCUCGCGGUCUAUUUUUACAAACAAAAUUGCCACAUUUGCGACGAGCUGCUAGAGGGCCUCGAGAGAAUCGACGACGAGUGUGACGUCUUCGGAAUUCACAUGGUCAAGAUCAAGGAUCCGCAGCUCGCGAAGAGAUACUCGAUAAAAACCUUCCCGGCCCUCGUUUAUUUCAGGAACGGGAAUCCUCUGCUGUUCGAGGGAGACAUUCAGAACGAAGAAUCCGUUCUCGAGUGGCUGAUCGACGACGACAACCGCGAAUUGGCCGACGAGAUCGAGUCGGUGAACGACCGGAUGCUGGAAAGGCUCCUCGACGAGUCGCCAUUCCUCGCUGUUUUUUUCUAUGACGAAGAUUGUUCCGAUUGCAACGAGAUAAUGGAAGCCCUCGAAAAGAUCGACGGAGAGGCCGAUCUCUUCGGCAUCGAUUUCGUCAAAAUCUCGAGCCCCGAGUACGCUGAAAAAUAUGGAAUAAUCAACGUACCGUCGUUGACUUAUUUCCGGAAGAAGACUCCGCUCAUAUACGACGGUGAUUUGACGCAGGAAGACAAAAUCCUCCAAUGGCUCACGUCUCAAGAUGUUUUUGAAAUAAAAAACGAGAUUGAAGAGGUCAACAAAAAAAUGCUCGACAAAUUGCUCGACGAGAAUGAAUUCGUCACCGUUUUUUUCUACGAGCACGAUAACAAAGAGAGCGAGGAGGUAAGCCAACAUCUGGAAAACAUCGACGGAGAAACCGACAAUCUCGAUAUCACUUUUGUCAAAAUGGCCGAUCCUCGGUACGCGAGGAAAUGGGGAGUCACCAAAUUACCUGCGAUCGUUUAUUUCCGCAAACGAUUCCCCAGUAUUUAUCGAGGUGAUUUGCACAAGGAGGAAGAAGUAUUGGAAUGGUUGCGAAAAAACAGGUUCCGUCAGCCGGAGCUUAAUAUCUACAUGUACAUGCUGAUCGCGAUAACAAUAUUGUUUUUGAUGUACACGGGUUUCCUGCUAUCGUGUUUCCGUUCGGAUCCAGCCCCAGCACCGGCGCCGCAUCCGAAGCAGGCGUGAAAAUUUAAAAUAAUCGAGGAAAAAAAGUAAAAACAACAACAACAACAACAACAAAAGAUUCACACAGACCCACACACAUGACCGAUUUACGGGCUAAAAAGCAAGCUAACAAACACGAUCGCUGAUAAAAUAAACCGAGUGACUCUCUGUUUCGGAAAAUUGAAGAAUUUUGUUAUGUUGCAGGGGGGGGGGGGGGAGGGCGUCGUUGAAAGAAGAGUCGAAAAACUUUGGAUAUUCGAUAAGCUGAAAGUAGAUUUUUGAAAAAUCCUGAUCAACCGACGAACAUCAGUCUCAGCUCGUAUCCGACGAGAGAAAGCGUCGCGAUCGCGCGUUCCAGUAGCGUGGGAAACGUUCGAAAAUGAGGAAAAAUAAAUAAUCGUAUUGAUGGCAAAGCCGUUAAUUGACCAAAGUGGCCAUAGCACGUGGUCUCUUGUAUACACUUGUGCGUCUAAUAUUAAGGUGGACUACAGUCUCGAACAUCGACUCUCGUUGUCUGUUCUUUAUUUCUUUUGUUUCUUUCCUUAUUUUUCCUUUUUUAAGUAACGAAUUCUUAGAGUAUUAACGAAUGGGACGAAAAUUGUGUACAAUGACGUAUCAAAGAGGCGAACGAAGCCUUCAAAAUUGGAGUUUAAGCGCGCCGAGCACCCGGGCCACAUUUGUUUCUUCCUACGCUUCGCAAUAGCCACGAUUCCUUGUUACAAAAACUUGGGCACGAAUUAUCAUCUCGAACACGAAUCAAAAUUGCAGGAUUUUCAACAUUUUAAAAAUUUCUCUCUUCAUUGUUAGCAAUUUUUUGCAAAAAUAGAGUAAAGCCUCAAUUUCACGUUAUACGUCCGAUCGUUUUAAUGCUAAAUAAUACACAUUUUACAUUAAUAUUCAUAAUAAUAUAAAAUAAUAUUAAUAAUGAUAAUAAUAAUAUUAAAAUCAAUAGAAAUAACGUUGAAAAAUCUCAAAGGUCCUUUCUUUCCAAGGAUCCACGAUAUUCCACGCGCUCAUUGCCUCGCGGAGUGCUGCGAUGCAGUGUUCCUCGAGAGCACGACGAGAUAGAGCAAAUAAAAGGACGAUCGAAAUCAUCAGAAUAAAAAUGUGAUGAAACGAUCAGAUUGGAGGAUAUGGAAAACUGGAAAUAAAAAAUUGCGUUGGAAAUUC